AUGCCCAAUUCCAGAAUUGUGAUUGUUUUGGUGCUGAACAUUUACCUGGGACACGCUUGGGUGGCCAGUAACCUUCUAAUGACAGGUCCAAAGGCGCAUCUCACCUAUGCCAGGAGCGUCCAGAUGGGGACGCAGACCGGAAUAGAGGAGUGCAAACAUCAGUUUGCAUGGGAUAGAUGGAACUGUCCUGACAGCGCAACGCAGCAGAGAGGACUGAGACUUGCCACCAAAGAAACGUCUUUCGUGCACGCCAUCAGCGCGGCUGGCGUCAUGUUCGCUCUGACGCGUAAUUGUAGUUUGGGAAACCUGGAAAACUGCGGUUGUGACGUUCCAAACAGUGGAAAAAUGGGUGGUCGGGGCUGGUUAUGGGGAGGCUGCAGCGACAACGUGGAUUUCGGGGAAAGGAUUUCCAAACUUUACGUGGAUUCACAGGAGACUGGACAGGACUCAAGAGCUGCUGUCAAUCUGCACAACAACGCAGCGGGACGUCAGGCGGUGAAGGCAACAAUGAAGCGCCUGUGCAGAUGCCACGGCAUGUCUGAGAGCUGCAGCGUGCAGACCUGCUGGACGCAGCUGUCCGAUCUGAGGGAAAUCGGGAAUUUCCUAAAGUUAAAGUACAAUCAGGCUCACAAACUGGACAGAGACACGGUGAAGGAGGGCAACAGCGCGGACAGCCGUGGAGCCGUAGUGGGCGUGGCCCAAGCGGAGCUCGUCUACCUGGAGGAUUCACCUGACUACUGCAGGAAGAACGCGAGUCUGGGGCUUCCGGGCACCGAGGGCCGGGAGUGCGCGCAGCACGGCGCGGGCUCGAGCCCGCGGGAGAAGCGCAGCUGCCGCAGGCUGUGCCACGACUGCGGCUUCAGGGUGGAGGAGAGGCGCACGGAGGUGAGCAGCAGCUGCAACUGCAAGUUCCACUGGUGCUGCAAGGUGGACUGCGAGGACUGCUCCCAGGUUCUCACCAAGCACGUGUGCGCCAGGAGGGAAGACGCAUUCAGACGCAGAAAUCGAGCCCCUAAAUGAAAAAAACUCUAAAUUACGACCUUUUGCACUUUUAUAUUCAGCUCUCCUCAUUUUUUUUCUAUUUAUAACAAUUCUUGCUUUGCUUUACAAUCAAAUAAAUACAGUUGGAAAUAGUCUGUUGUGCUUCAGUCUUCAGAAAACCUCCUCCACUCGUGACAGGAGUUACAAUAACAAUGAUCUGAAUACACUUUAGGGGGGGAUUACAGGAUUAACACCUAACCCAGAUGUUGAUCCAGCACUGAUCUGUGGUUACUUUGAUGUAAACGUGUAUUGGUCUCAUACAAAGUGGCUUUAAUUAGCUUUGAAAAAAUUACCACAUAAAUGUGCUCCUCUGUUAGUCUGUAUCACAUCCAAGGAGGAAAUCUAAUACUUGAAAAUAAUAGACUUGUAAAUAAAAUAGACGAAAAUUUUAAAUUCACCCUGUGCCCUGAAGGAAGUAUUUAUGCUUCCUUUACCCCCUGGAUCUCUCUAGAAAUCCUCACCUCAGCUGGAUGUGUCAUAAAUCUGCCGUGGUGACAGAUAAAGCAUAGUUCCUUCUGCAGGGGGUUUGUGAGGCCACUUCUCCUAAAUUCAUGCCUCUGGAGGCAGCAAACAUGACAAAUAUUGUUAGUUAACCUUAAUAACCUCUUAAGUUUGAAUUUCUGCUCACUUUUUGGGUACAUUUUGACCCCUAAUUGAUAAGAGAAAACGAAAACAAACAAAAUCCACUCUUACAUGCUAACUUUUUCCAUUUGUUUACAGUUUGUGAAUUUCCCUUGGAGUGUUAAUGAAGGUUUUACUCCACCGGAGGCCCUUAAUUACCUUUAAUCUCUAAUUUCAUGUCUGUGUCUAUACAAGUCAGUUCUAUCUACCCAAAGAUGGUUUAAAAAAAAAUUCUUUAAAAAAAGUUAAAAAAUAAAUCCCGAUGCACAAGCUGCCCUUUCAAACCCCUAAAAACGGCAUAUAACCCCCUUCAUAGUGCUCACGUUCUCUUUAUCAGAGGAAGAAAAGGGGGAGAGGUAGAGGGGGACCCCCCAAGGGAACAUAUGUAUUCUCCCAGACAACCCUGAGGGUCUGAGAGGAUCUGAGCAUGAUUGAUCACCCUCUUCUCCCCACGUCCCUCCUCUGUCACCUGGGUGUGAGAUACCAGGAGGCCUGAUGCAGCUCAGGCUGCUCCCCAACUAUGAGGGGAGGGGCAUGUGGUCACAAUAUGACAAACUUCCAACACAAAACUGUCAGAGUGUCAAACAUUUGUGGUUUAGA